CGGUGACCAAGUGUCGCUUCCGGCAUCGGGAUUUGACGACACCUGCCACGCGUGCCUUAGGCGUCAUCUCCAUCGCAGCUUAGGCAGCGAAAGAGCCUCAUCACCCUUGGAUUAAUACCUCCUAUCGAGUAUCAACCCGAUCUGGGAUCAAGCAUCGUCAGCCUUGCCGCACUAAACGCUGCAUCAUCAAUAGACGUAUCACCUGCCUCCGACAUGUCGCGCCUAUCCUUCCUCCAGAAGCGCAAGGCGCCCCCAACUGACGGGCCGCGUGUGAACACCAAGAAGCGCCGCAAUGGACAGCUCCAGUCUUGCGAACCAUGCCGCAAAUCCAAGCUGCGAUGCGACCAUAUGAUGCCCGUCUGCACCCGUUGCGAACGACGCAAUCGGUCUACGUUGUGCGUGUACGCAGCGGCUCCGAUGACACGCACUACGCGUCAGAACAGCUCAUCAUCGGUCGCUACGGCUUCAGUGACGGGCUCGUCGGUUGUGCUGGUAGAUCAAGUCCUAACGCCCCGGGAUACUCCCGCUGCUGGAAGCAGUCAAAGAGAUACGGAUAGACAGGAGACGCCUGUGAAUGCCACUAGACCUACCGGGGAUCUUCCACCGUCCGCGUCCAUGGCGUUUGAAGGCGUUUCAGCCCCACGGAAUAUCUUAGGAUAUAUGGGCUCGACAUCCUACUCGUCUGUGUUUGAGGAGAAUCAGGGGACGCUCGGUAUCGAGCGAGAUCCGGAAGGCGAAGACCUGAGGCAUGAACGGCGAUCGAGUCCUGCGCCCGUCUUGGACUACCAGAUCCAACAGGGAGUCGACGUGCUCAAGCUAUUCAAAGACCGAGCAUUAUUUGACAGAUUCAGCAAGAGAUGGUUCGCGAUUUGUCAAGGCAUCGUUGUUAUCGAGCCGGUGAUUAAACAAUUGGCGGAAGGCUUAUGGGCGACAUACGGGAUGGAUUUACGGGAUCAAGACCCGGCGAAGCUACAAGCCCUUUCCCAGAAGAUCUGGAACAAUACCCAGCAACCGCUGAAGUUUGACGGCUCAUUCUCUGCACGGCAAUGGAUUGGAUUGUCAACGGGAGAGGGACUGCGAUGGGAAUCGGUCGCACUGCUACUCACCACCGUCGGGUUGCUUUCGUCGAUGCUUACGGAAUGGGAUCCGAUCUUCACGAACGAAGACGGAUCGCAAAUCAGUAAAGUGAAGCUGACUCGUAAGAUGAGCGCGAAUUCGGACGCUUGCUUGAUGUUUUGCAGGACAGCCGACAGUUUGAAUGAUCUUUAUCUGUGGCUUUUGUACGAGAGCUGCAUACUCCAGACUAUGGUGACUGGUAACGCUUCAAAUUCCGUAUGGAACAGGUCCGGCGAAACCUUCAACACGGCUAUAGCCUUGGGUUUGCACCAAAAGUUAGAGCCGGAUAAAGAUAUUCCUUUUUUCCUUGUAGAGCUACGAAAGCGCACUUUUGUCGCCUCAUAUUCUUCCGACAAGGCACUCUCUACCUUCUUCGGCCGUCCCCCGCGGCUUAUCAAACGGUACUGCAUGCUUCAGGUGCCUCUCGAUUUAAGUGACCACGACCUGGUCUCCGAAGGCGAAGAGCUUCGUCAGGCGCUGGCAUCCUUGGAUUCCGAGGGGUGGAAUACGUCGGGGAUAAUUAAUAGAGGCACAUGGGCUCGGACAUACCUCUACGUGUCCAUGAUCAGAGAAGAUAUCUUGGAGCUCGCGCUAGGUGUCGACUCUGGUGACCUCGAAAAACGCGCGGGAGAGAUUUCGAGGCUCAUCGGUGAGAAAUAUCUAAAGCUACCGAAGCAUCUUCGAGUCGAUUUCGAUACCGCGUUUGGCCAGCGAUUGCCGCCAUUAGACUCGCUCCGGUUGGCGAGCACGCGGCUGAACUACAUGUCCACUGAACUGAUCCUGGAGCGCGUCUUGAUCAAACGCGCCGGCGCUGGGACGGAGAAACUCGUGCAAAUCGCGAAACGGGCGUUGAGCGAUACAUUGACCAUCGUAAUGCGGCGGGAUCUCAUGCGGGACCUGCAGGCCGAAAUCUCCUAUUUUAUGGCCGCCCAUGGCCUCCAUAGCGCCGCAAUCCUCGCCGUCGAGCUGCUUAAGCAAGAGCAAUCCCCACCCGACCGCGUUCGCGUGCUCUCCCGCUCCGAAACGGUCCAAGGCCUCAGCGUCUUCGUCUCAUGCCUGGGCUCAAUUGACCAGAGUGACGGGCACUACGAGAUUCUCCAGCAAGGGCGGCGAUUCUUGAAGCGCGUUCUGGACACCGUCUUGACGCCGCCAGCGCGAGAAGCAACGUCGUCGAAUACCGCCACCUCGCAGACGACGUUGGAUGCGCCGGAGAUUCUGGCAGCGCCCACGUUUGAGCGAAUGGACUGGAACGUCCCGAUUGGGUUCGAUGCGGAUGUGGAUUUUCUAGAGUGGUUGGACAAUGUGGAUUUGGGACAGGGGCAGUUUGGGGAGGAGGCGGCCAGGAUGUUUUGAUCACUGCAGAUGGUUGCAAUACGGUUCUAAGUCACAUAACUCACGACAGCUUCGUGGAAGAA